AAGCUGGGGAGAACAGCGUAGUUAUAAGCAAUUUCUCCGUAUACUCAAAAAAAUCCCCUAGAGAAAAACAUCCUGUUCCCCAUCCAGGUUAUCAUGCGCUUCAAGGCACCCUGUCCCUACGCUUCCCGCUGCUAGGCUACUUAAGUAUCUCACGAACCAUGAGUUACGUUCCGGGCCGCGCAGUAGUAGCUGUCGCUCGCCCUUCGCUACGCUGCGCAUCACCCAAGGUUACAACGGCUUGGAAACCGGCUGCUACUACUACCGUCCCCCUCGCGAAGACCUUCUCUACAUACCGUGUUCGACCUACGUCAAGAACAAUUGAGGCGGCUCCACGAAUAUGGAAUCGACCACAAUCGGUGGUUCUCGGUGGUGUCUAUCUCCUACAUGUUCGACAAUAUGGCUCCGAACCAGCAAACAAGGAGAGCCAGAGCGAUGACCCGGAAUAUCUGAGGACAAUUGAAGAGAUCAGGAAGAAACAGCGUGAGACUCCGUGGCAGCGAGAGGGUUCGAGCGAGUCUCCGGUGCGCAAGCAGCGGUCUGCUACUGCAAUGACCAAGGGGAAGCUUCUAACCACCCCCUCGCGACUCUUGAAACUCAUACUACCGGUAACGACUCGCGACCAUAACGAUGACCGGAAAGAUAUCGAGCCCUUGGCUCUUCUGGUGCAUCCUCAACAACCCCUGUCUUACUUGGAACGGCUCAUCCAAGCAGAAAUACCUCCCGUCAAGGCUGCCGAUGGCAAUGUGAAGCCUCCAUCGAUCUCUUUCAUGGCGAUGGAGAUAGAAGACGAUGUAGUGAAACCGAGACCUGCAAAGGAUCAAAAGGACGUUGAAGAGCAAAAACAAGAGGAGGCGCAGCCUCGUCGCUCGCGCAAGAAGGGUGGUCCGAUCGAAGAUUCGCAUAGAUACUUGGAACGACCAGACCCGGCGGAAAGCGGCCAGACUCAGCGGUUCGUCCGCUGGUCGGCUUCCACGGAGGUUGGAGAUUUUAUCAGAGACGCGGCCCGCGCGAAGGAAUUCAUCGUGGUUAUUGAAGGAUCGCCUCUUGGCGAAAUACCCGUCGCAGUGCCCUCGUUUGAAGAUCGGACUUACUAUUUGAGGAUGAGGCUAAGGAAAGUGUCGAAAGAGCUGAAGAGUAUGGCCGUGAUCAAAGAGGAGUGUGAUGCGCUCGCCCAUCGCGGGGCACAGAGGGUUGCGAUGGGUGGUUUUGGUGUUCUCGUCUUCUGGUGGUACCUGGUCUAUCGGUUGACUUUCGAAACGGACCUGGGAUGGGACACCAUGGAACCAGUGACCUAUCUGGUCAGUUUGUCUACGCUAAUGGGCGGUUACCUCUGGUUCCUGUACCACAACCGAGAAGUGUCUUAUCGAUCUGCUCUUGAUUUCACUAUCAAUAAACGCCAGCAAGCCUUAUACCAAACGAAGGGUGUGGAUCUACAGCGGUGGGAAUCGCUCAUUGACGAGGCCAAUUCAUUAAGAAGGGAGAUUAAGUCCAUCGCCGCCGAGUACGACGUGGACUGGGACGAAAAAGCAGACGAAGGAGAUGAACGAGUCACCAGAGCAUUGAAGCAGGACAGAAAACAAAAGAACGGAAAGUCCCGAGACUCGAACUCGAAGGAGGACGAGGAAGACGAGUGAAACAACCGGAACCCCAAAGAAAUAUUUUUGUCCCUUUCCAGCCAUUAUUGCCU